AUCACCGCUUCUUGAAUCAGAAGGCCAAUCCAAGUUUCGAUAUGAAUCCCCAGACUCAUUUGAUACUAGGCGUGCUCCGAGCAGCCCUGACUUUGCCCCCAGCAGCAGGCGAUUGCCUCUGCUGGGCCUCAAUUGCAACGGAACUCACCGCCUUACUAUGAUGCCAACAGGCUCGCACUCCUUGCAAACGAGUACUAUCAGCCACGUGGCCAGCUGUGUUGUAACAUCGUUACGGCUGUGCACGAAUGGCGGAGCCGUUGUCUGCAAGGUUGCACAGUGUGGAGCACGAUGUGAUGACUCGGAGAGUCUUGGAAGAGAGGCAGGGGCGUGGUGCACCACCCCGUCCGUGCCCUUGUCACCCAUCCAUACCUGCACAUCAUCACCACAUCAUCGUCAUAUCUCUAACCACCGCCACUGUGGCUGCUAUGCUCAUCCCCGGCAGGAGUUGCGACAAGGGGUGGAACUGUCUCUGCUGCUGCUGCUGCUGCUGCUGGGAAGCCUGGCAUGCCUUGUGCCACCCUGGGGUGCAGCGGCAGUGCGAGUGCACCCAAGAGAUGUGUCCAACCUGGCAUGGCUGGCGAGCGAGUGGAACGGCUUCAACGGCAGCGACACUUGGAGCUUGAGCUAUGCAGACUGCAGGGCCAUGGAGGGCAUCCGAUGUGACCGCGAUGGGCGCGUCAUUGCCAUAGAGCUGGGUUUAAAGAACUUUCAGGCACCAAUACCUGCCAUGAUCAGCCGGUUUACGCGUCUCAGAUACCUCACGCUUCUCUUCUGCCAACUCACCGGGCCCCUCCCAAACACCCUCUGCGACUUGCCAUCUCUGGUCUCUCUCAACCUUGGCGGCAACUCUAUUUCAGGCACCCUUCCUGACGGCUUCAGUCGUCUGGUCAGCUUAGAAUACCUGUGGGUUAUACUUGGUGUCAAUCGGAUCUCAGGGCCAAUCGAUUUGCUUUCCAGCUUGGUGCACCUGACACACCUGAAUCUUCGGCAGAAUUUCUUCAACGGCUCUCUUCCUAGCGAGCUUGGCAAUUUCACUACCCUCACUGUCUUAAAUUUUGACGGCAACUUGUUUUCCGGAAGCAUUCCUCCAUCGAUGGGCGAGAUGUCACUGCUUCAGCAAAUGGUUUUGAGUUUCAACCAGCUGAGUGGCACCAUCCCCGACUCCCUUGGUCACCUGCGUGGCCUCACACACCUCGCGCUUGCAGGAAAUCAGCUGACAGGGUCAAUUCCAGACUCAUUUUCAGCCCUCGAUUCUCUGACAGACCUGUGCAUGGUGCAUGGUGGUGCAUGGUCUAUGGUCUACUUGGUUCCCACCCCUAGUAUCCUAAUGGAUAACCUUCUAAGCGGUUCUAUUCCAACAGCACUGGCAUCGCUGCCGAAGCUUAGAGCCAUAAUGGCCUCCAGCAACCAGCUGUCGGGAAGCAUACCUGCUGCACUGGGUGAUCUCCUACUGCUAGAUUACCUGUCGCUGUCGUACAACCCAAUGUCAGGAUCCAUACCCACCGCCAUUGGAAAGCUAACGAACCUAAUGCUCUUGGACCUCAGUGGCAAUCAGUUCUACGGGACAGUCCCAAGCUCCCUCAGCGACCUUUCCAAGCUGCAGUACCUUUUUCUGACAAACAACCAGUUCUGGGGAACCAUAGAGCCCAUCACACGAACGAUGAGGAACCUCAGAAUGCUAUUCCUUUCCUGGAACCAAUUUUCUGGCCGUCUGCCCAGCCCAGCCUCUUCAACCCUCGAGCAGUACCAAGUGGAUACCAAUUUCUUCACCCACGGGGAGGUCAAGUUCAAAAACUGCUCAGCCGUCACGUGGACUACCGAUGCAAACUGCCUUGCUGCCUCUGCAAGCGUCUGCGGCCGUGCUUCCACCCAGAGGACUGCUGCUGUUUGUGCUGCAUUCUGUGGGGUGGAGAUCGGAGCUACUGGCCCUGUGUGUGGGGGGCAUGGCUACUGCUCGGUAAAUGCUUUCAUUGGAGAAGGGGAGUGUGUGUGCGAUCCCAACUACAUGCUUGAUAGCAGCAACACCAACGCCUGUGUGGCUGGAGCCACGGGGGCAUCUCUGGAGUCGGGAUCUGCCUAUGUGUCUCUCUGGGGCUCUGCCUCUGUGCUUUCCAAUGGCUCCAUUCUGCUCACAACAGGGACGCCGAACCAGCAGGGUGCAGCGUUUGCCUCUCCCACCCUGCGCCUCUUCCACUUCCCUGACAAACGCUCUCGCUGUGGAACUGAGCUGGGCUUCCUUGCUGCUUUCAGCUUUGCCAUGACUCCAGGGAAUCAUGGGAGUGGUGGAGAGGGGCUUGCGUUUGUGGUGGCAGCAGCUUCUCCCGGCAAGGGGGCGAGUGUGGGGCUGGGAGGGGUGGGGCGGCGGAGUGUGGGAGUGGAGUUUGACUCGGUGCUGAGUGUGAAGCACAGCGACCCCAACGACAACCACGUGGGCGUCAAUGUGGGCGGCUCACCUGUGUCCCUCGCCUCUGCAACGGCCCCUCUCAUCCUCAACGACGCCCAAACCAAGCACACCUGGAUCCGCUACGACCCCACCAGCGGCGGCACUCUCCGAGUCUUCCUCUCCUCUGACCCCGUGCAGCCCCUCACCCCCACCCUCACAGCAAGCGUGUCCCUCUGCUCCAUUCUCAAGCCCACUGCAUCGGACUCUCUCUUCCUCUUCGGCUUUGUUGCUCUGUCAGGCAGCCAGCCCCAGGCGCACACCAUCUUGUCCUGGAACGUCACCACAGAUGCUACAACACUCGCAAUAUGAACAUUUUUGGAUCUCUCCCUUUUGCAAAAGAUGUAGCUGCGUUGUUCUUCUGGGUAGUACGAUGUGUACUACUGUAUUUCCCCACAUAAUGCCCCCUAGGACCUUGUAAGGUGAAAAGGAUUGUUUGACAAUGGCUUUCCAUCAAUAGUUUAGCCCCAGGGCUUAUGAAAGGUUUUUUUUUUACUAUGGUAGUUUGUGCAUAACA